AUGACUGUGGCUACACUGGGUUACACAAUGGUCAUUUGUGGCAAUAACAAUGAUCCGCAACAUAGGUAUCGAGGACGAAUUGAAAAAGUCAAGUUUGGAGUCCCAAUCGAGGAAGCCUUCGUUCAUGAUAUACCCGCUACUUUAUUAGUACUCCUGCUAAAAGUACAUAAAGAUGGCCCUGCUAAAAAGGAUAUCUGGCGUGCACCGGGUAAUCAAGCUCAAGUACGAAAGCUUUCACAUAUCAUGCAACACGGAAGACUUGUAAAUAUUGCUAAUUUUAGUGUUUAUACUGCUGCAUCUGUUAUUAAGAAGUUUUUAUCGAAAUUGCCUGGUGGCAUAUUUGGUCUCGAAAAUGAGCAGAAACUUUUUGAUUUGUAUAAUGUAUCAUCAGAUCUAGAAAUGCAGAGACAGUCGUUUUGUCGAGUAUUAAGCAGUUUACCGACUCCAUCGCAACAUUUACUUGUACUGCUUUUUGGCACUUUUUAUAUGAUCUCAGAAUCAGCCGAUUCAUUUGGUUCAAGGAUGACAACGGAAGCUCUUGGAAUUUCUGUAGCGCCCUCACUUUUUCAUUCAUGUAUUCAUGACGGGCAGCGGGCGAAGAUAGAAGACGUGAUACGAUUCAAAAUUGCAUCUGAGAUCAUCUCAAGAAUUAUUGAAAAUUUUGGUUAUGCAAAUCUAUUUCCACAAGAAAGUUACGAAUUUUACGCUCGUAUAACUGGAAGAACAUUACGACUUGAUGAAAAUGAUUCGCGACUGCGGUUCGUUACACCAGCUAAUGUACACGAUUGGCCAGUACCACCGCCCAGUACCUAUUCGAUUAUGGCUGCCCGAUGUGCUGGAAGUUAUUCGAUGAGUACCAUUGCAGCAGUCGACCACGUUAGCUCCAACUGUGGUAGGCACUCCGAUCAUCAUCAACAGCAAUAUCUCCAAAAUAUGAUCGAAAAUGUUUCAAUUUGGGCUACUAAUAGAAUUGAUUGCAUAGGAAAUAGGGGAGAAACAAGAAAAAUUGAUAGUAAUGGCGAUGUAAAAUCACUGCAUUGUCCUGUUGGGAAGCAUUGUCUUUCUCUUGAUACCACUCUAGAUAGUAAUGAACUUGAACCCAGUCUGUUAACAUCAACAACAAGUCUACAACCCCAGCAACGAACCAGCGGUUAUCCGUACAAGAUGACACCCGAUUGUAAACGGACAUUUUUCGGAACUGGGCCUCAACAUAUCACUGUUGCAACGAUCGCUGACGAUGAACUGAUAUCCAAAAACGAAAAAUUGGUCUUGCGGCCAUCAAAUAGCCAAAUUACCACCGCAUUUGCGAAUGAACACCAAUCACUGUCAAAUCAUCUGAGAAAUACUCAGGCUUCGAGAGUUUUGGAUUUGGAAUUAUGCGAUUUGGAAAAUCGCGAUUUUUAG